AUGAAUCCUUAUUGUUCUAUGCAUAAAGAAGAUAUUAUUAACUUUUGUGUAGAUUCCAAUUGUUAAACUAGAUGCUUAUGCAAAUUAUGUAAACAUGAACAUGAGACAGUUCCAAUCUAAUAUCUCAUUGAUAAUGUUUUUGUAAAAGAAACUAUGAAUAUUGUAACAAUAUUCAAGGCAAUAAUAUAAAAGUUAGUUCAUUCUAUUGAGAAUGACUUAACAACCUAAUUAUAUGAAAUAAAGUAUGAAAAACCUCCUAAAGAAAUAACCUAAUUAAGUGCAUUUCUCAAGAAAAAAUAUUAGAUUUAUUAAGUUCUUAGAGAAUCAAUUUCUUCAAAAUUACAAAGAGUAAUUGAUGCUAUUAAAUCACCUGUCAGUUCUUCAAAACCACAUUUUCCUCAGUCUUUAAAUAGUCUACCCUUUAUAGAUAAAGAUGCUAAUAAAUAAUCACCAUAAAUCAUGAAGAAAUUAAAAUCAGAAGAAUAUAUUAGAGUUGGAAGUCCUUAAAAGAUUGAUGAAGCUCUUAUGUUAGAAAAAUUGGAAAUAUAAAGACUUAAAAUAUUUAAUGAUGAAAAUUGGCCAUGGAGAUUAGAAUAAGGUGCUCAAUUUGUAACCAUCUUCACAGCACUUAAAAAUUUCAAAUUAUUAGGUUUUAAAUAACCUAUAUUAUUUUGUUCAAGUGAACUUAAUCAUUAAAAAAAACCUAUUAAUUAUAACUUUGCCCUAUAUCAUAAAAAAAACUUAUUAAAAAAAGCAAUUUACAUGGAAAGUAAGACAAUAAAGCAUAAUAGUGAAAAGAUUAUAGAUAGAUGUUAUGAUAUAAUAUUUAAGAUUCCAUAAAAAAUUUAAGUGGGAAAAGAGUAUUCUUUAGUUAUUUGGAGUAAUUCUGGAUUUUAUAGUCAUUAUUAUAGUCUUCCUGCUUCUACAAAUGAUUUCAUUGAAUUUUAACAAUAAGAUUUUAAUGAUCAUCCAAAAAUAAAAAGAUCUGAACUUGUUCAUAAGGUUAUUUCUACCUAUAGAGCAGGUUUGGUUCCAGCAGUAUAUAUUGAUCCAAGAUAAGAAAAUGAUAAAUGA